UCGCUAUGGCGCCUGUGGCUGCUCUUCGUUUGCAUCCCGGCGCCUUGAUUCAUGCCGCGGGAGCUGCCGCUCCAUCAGUGAAGCCCGGCCGCGGCGCAUUUGGAGCUGGGGAGCGCAAGUGCGGGAGGGUGUUCUCGCAGGGGCGGGAUUCCGGGAAUGGAUACUUCAGGGCCAGGGCCGAGAUCCAAAGCUCGGAAUCGCUCACGGGUGUUGUGUUCCAGCCCUUUGCCGAGGUCCAGGAAGCCCUGUCGGAGGUCUCCUCGUCCAAAUCGGUGUCGCUCGCGCGCCAGCGCUUCUCUCAAGCCUGUGAAGCUGCUAUCAACGAUCAAAUCAACGUUGAGUACAAUGUCUCUUACAUCUACCAUGCGUUGUUUGCGUACUUCGAUCGGGACAACGUUGGGCUUCCAGGCAUGGCAAGGUACUUUAAGAAUGCUAGUGAAGAGGAGAGGGAGCACGCAGAGACUUUGAUGAAGUACCAGAACUUGCGAGGUGGAAGGGUGAAGCUACAAACAAUACUACCGCCCGAGAUGGAGUUUGACAACGCAGAGAAAGGAGAUGCUCUAUAUGCUAUGGAGCUCGCACUAGCUCUGGAAAAGCUCACGAACGAGAAACUUCUGGCCUUACACAGAGUUGCAAGUGAGAAUGACGACCCCCAAAUGGCCGACUUCGUCGAGAGCAGCUUCCUCACCGAGCAAGUGGAGAGCAUAAAAAAAAUCUCGGAGUACGUGAGCCAGCUCCGAAGAACAGGCCAAGGACAUGGGGUGUACCACUUGGAUCUCCAUCUCCAAAAUGCCGACAUAGAAGAGACAGUGUAGAAGAGGCGCAUUAGUGAUGACGUGGCACUAUGAUGACGUGAAAGGAAUAAAACCGGAACCAAAUUUCUAGGGUUAGGUUGUGGGAAGAGGAAGAAGAUGAGUGGCCAUAUCGCGCAGGAUUGGGAGCCCGUGGUGAUCAGGAAGAAGGGGGUCGCUGCCGGGCAGCGGCGCGAUGAGAAGGCCGUGAACGAGGCGCGUCGCAGUGGCGGCCCGAUCGAGACGAUUAAGAAGUUCAAUGCGGGGUCGAACAAGGCAGCGACAAGCACGCCGGGAAUUAACACCAAGAAGCUCGAUGACGAGACCGAGGAGCUCGCCCACGAGCGCGUUCCGACUGACCUGAAGAAGAACAUCAUCCAAGCCCGGACGGAGAAGAAACUGACACAGGCACAGCUUGCACAGCUGAUCAACGAGAAGCCUCAGGUCAUCCAAGAGUAUGAAUCUGGAAAAGCCAUCCCCAACCAGCAGAUAAUCUCCAAGCUCGAGCGCGCGCUGGGAGCCAAGCUUAGAAACAAGAAGUGAGUAGUUUCUCUUAUUUCCUCUUGUGAAAGUGUCGUAACUGUCGUCGUUGCGAACAAAACUAUGCUUUUACAAA